CGCGUCGCGUCCAGAUAUGAGAUAGCUAAGUUUAGACAAUCAGCGUCAGCGAUGGAAUUAACGGAAGAUGUGAAACCCAUUUUUACUGCCGACGCCCCAUUUAUGACAGAUGCCGACAGGCGAGGUGGAAGAAUAUUGAUCCACAGAGGAUAUAGAUAUGUCCGCAGCAACACUUCACGCUUUAGGAUAUAUUGGCGAUGUGCAAGACCUGGCUGUGGUGAAACAAUAAUUACAAAUCGGUUUGACAUUAAUCAUUCAAAUCCUGAUAUUGAUAUUCAACGACAACCUCUUGGGGAUCACACACAUGAAUCCGAUGAUAAUCAAAUUUGCCGCCGACAAUUUGUUGAUGAAACUACAGCAUUGAUUAAAAGUGAUCCAACUCUUACUAUAAGGAGAGCAUAUGACAUUGUUUCAGACAGACACCACCAUUCACCAGAUAUACAUGUCCAUGUACCUGCAUUUAAAAGCAUCAGAAGCCGGCUUCGACGAGCUCGUUUGGCACACCCAUUUAGAACUUAUCAACCAAUACGUAUGGCUAGGCAAAUUACUGAUGAUCAAGGUGAAAUAGAAAGCAGCGACCAAGUUGAGAUAAGAAUGGAUAGUUUGAAGUUACUUGUGAUGAAUGCAAGACAAGUGGUUCAGGUUUGUAAUGGUGGUGAGACAUGCCUUACUGGAGAUAACAUGAAAAGCCUGGCCAUAAUACAACAGAAUGACACAGAUGGUGUUGACAUCGUAGUUGGAAGAGAUGGGAAUAUCAUAGCGAUUGAUCACAGCAGUGUUAUCCAGAGUCAAUAUGGAGCAUGUGAAUUUGAUGAGGUUCUUGAUGCUACUAAUAUGUGUGUAAUUCCAGGUUUGAUUGAUGGUCAUACCCAUCCUGUGUGGGCUGGAGAUAGAGUCCAUGAAUUUGCAAUGAAGCUAGCUGGUGCUUCAUACAUGGAUGUUCAUAAGGCAGGUGGUGGUAUACAUUUCACAGUUAACCACACACGGAAUGCAAGUGAUGAUGAUCUAUAUAACCUUCUCAAGGAGAGAUUACAAAGCAUGUUAAGAUGUGGGACUACUACUGUAGAGUGUAAGAGUGGUUAUGGAUUGGAUGCAGAUACUGAAAUUAAGAUGUUGAGAGUAUUAGAACAAGCCAAGAGAGAUAUCCCUAUUGAGAUAUCAAGCACCUACUGUGGAGCACAUGCUGUUCCAAAAGGAAUGACAGUACAGGAGGCUACUCAGGAUAUUAUUAAUGUACAGAUACCAAGAAUACAGGAGCUGAUGAAUAAAGGAGAUCUGCAAGUAGAGAACAUUGAUGUCUUUUGUGAUAAAGGUCUCUUUGAAGUUGAAGAGACUAAGAGUAUCCUUGAGGCUGGUAUGAAGGCAGGAAUGGCAAUCAAUAUCCAUGGUGAUGAGCUACACUAUGUCAAGGCUGCUGAGCUAGCAGCUAGUCUUGGUGCCCGAGCAGUCUCUCAUCUAGAAGAAGUUUCUGAUGCUGGUAUUAAAUCCAUGGCUGAGGCAGGUUCUGUAGCUGUACUACUACCAACCACUGCAUACAUCCUGAGGCUCAAGCCUCCUCCAGCAAGGAAAAUGAUCAGUGAAGGUGUACCUGUAGCGCUAGGCUCAGAUUUUAACCCAAAUGCUUACUGCCUCUCAAUGCCUUUGACCAUGCACAUGGCCUGUGUGACAUUCCGUAUGUCACUAGAAGAGGUUUUGGUGGCUGCUACAAUCAAUGCAGCAAAGUCUAUAGGAAGGUCAGCAACACAUGGGUCACUGGAACCUGGAAAAGUGGCUGACAUGCUUAUAAUCAAUGCCCCAAGAUGGGAACACUUAAUCUAUCAAAUGGGACGUCAUCAAGAGCUGUUGAAGACAGUGAUUAAGAAAGGAGAAAUUGUGCAUUUCAGUUUGAUCUAGAUGUCUGAUAAACUCUUCAACAUGGUAACCACUGACAAAGAAUGUGUGACCAAGAGGCUGUGCCAUAAAGCUCUUUUAAAGCUUCUAGAAUAUAGUCAUUAUUUAGCUCAUCCGGCCCGAAGGGCAAGAUGAGCUUAUGCCAUGGCGUGGCGUCCGUCCACAAUUUCAAAAUGCUACU